AUGAAUAGUUUUGCAACGUUUCGCAACGAUCCAUUUUUUUCGGGUCUUGAUCUACCAUUUGAAGGCUUAGCAUUAGAAAAUCGAUCACGGUAUGACAACUCAAAUCGACAAAUCAGUCAACGUCAACCAACUAAUGACCAAAGUCUGUCACCAUUUGACAAUCCGCUCGGUCUGAUGCAAAGUAUGAUGGGCAGUAUGGGACAAAUGUUUCGUCAAUUGGAACCAGUGAUGAGUCAAAACUUCAAUGGUCAAAAUGGUCAAGGCCUAUCAUUUAGUUCAGCAACUGUCAUGAGCAUGGACAGACGAAGUGGUGAUCAACCACGAAUCAUUCAAGCAACAUCCGAACAACUACGUGGCCCCGAAGGUCUCGCGCGAACACGCAAAGCAGUGCGCGAUACAGGACGAAAUUUAGAAAAGAUGGAAGUUGCUCAUCGGCUCGGUGAGCGUGGUCAUCGUAUAACCAAAGAACGUGAUCCAGUCAGUGGUCGAAUUUUAGAACAUCGUGAUUUCGAACAUAUUGAUGAUGAAAAUGAGUUCGAACGGCAAUGGUUCAGUCGAGCUGAACAAUAUGGCUUUAAAAAUUCGAAUCGUAAUGGCUUCGGCGGUUACACGGACAAUUUACUGAUGACACCGCCAACUCACGGGCGACUUCGAUCACAAUCUCAAGAGCCCAGACAACUGGCUAUAGAACAUACACAAUCAGAUAAAAAUGAGAAACAACGACGAAGGAAGUGA